AUGGUGUCCACUCUCUGGUCACCUCCACCCUCGCUCUGGUUCGUUCUCUUCGUCAUCAUCUUCUUCGCGUCCGGCGAUGGCGGUCCGGCGGCGGCAUUGGAGCUGGACACGCAGGCUGCCUACCUCGCCAAGAUGAAGGAGCAGUUCCCGGGGCCAGGCAUGUCAAGGUGGUGGGACUUCACGUCGCCGGCACCGGACUACUGCAGCUUCCACGGCGUCACCUGCGACCGGUCCGGCAACGUCACGGGCAUCGACGUCACGUCGUGGCGCCUCGUCGGCAGGCUCCCGCCGGGCGUCUGCGCGGCGCUCCCCGCGCUCCGGGAGCUCCGGAUGGCGUACAACGACGUCCGCGGCGGGUUCCCUCUCGGCGUGCUCAACUGCACCUCCCUGGAGGUGCUGAACCUCAGCUUCUCCGGCGUGUCGGGCGCCGUGCCCCCCGACCUGUCCCCGCUGCGCGCGCUGCGGGUGCUGGACCUGUCCAACAACCUCUUCACCGGCGCGUUCCCGACGUCCAUCGCCAACGUCACCAGCCUGGAGGUGGUGAACCUCAACCAGAACCCCGGCUUCGACGUGUGGCGGCCGGCCGAGUCGCUGUUCGUGCCGCUGCGGCGCAUCCGCGUGCUCAUCCUUUCCACCACCUCCAUGCGCGGCGGCAUCCCCGCGUGGUUCGGCAACAUGACGUCGCUCACCGACCUGGAGCUCAGCGGCAACUACCUCACCGGCACCAUCCCAGUGUCGCUGGCGCGCCUCCCGAGGCUGCAGUUCCUGGAGCUCUACUACAACGAGCUGGAGGGCGGCGUCCCCGCCGAGCUCGGCAACCUCACGCAGCUCACCGACAUCGACCUCUCCGAGAACCGCCUCACGGGGGGCAUCCCGGAGUCGCUGUGCGCGCUGCGCAACCUGCGCGUGCUCCAGAUCUACACCAACCGCCUCACGGGCCCCAUCCCGGCCGUGCUCGGCAACUCCACGCAGCUGCGCAUCCUCUCCGUGUACCGCAACCAGCUCACCGGCGAGAUCCCCGCCGACCUCGGCCGGUACUCGGACCUCAACGUGAUCGAGGUGUCGGAGAACCAGCUGAUGGGCCCGCUGCCGCCGUACGCCUGCGUCAAUCGGAAACUCCAAUACAUCCUGGUGCUGAGCAACCUCCUGACGGGGCCCAUCCCGCCGGCUUACGCCGAGUGCACGCCGCUGCUCCGGUUCCGGGUGAGCAACAACCACCUGGAGGGCGACGUGCCGCCGGGCAUCUUCGGCCUCCCGCACGCCUCUAUCGUCGACCUCAACUACAACCACUUCACUGGCCCCGUGGCGGCCACGGUGGCGGGCGCCACGAACCUGACGUCGCUGUUCGGGUCCAACAACCAGAUGUCCGGCGUGCUCCCGCCGGAGAUCGCCGGCGCGUCGGAGCUGGUGAAGAUCGACCUGAGCAACAACCUCAUCGCCGGCCCCAUCCCCGAGUCCGUGGGCCGGCUGUCGAAGCUGAACCAGCUGUCCCUGCAGGGGAACCGGCUGAACGGGUCCAUCCCGGAGACGCUCGCCGGGCUCAAGACGCUGAACGUGCUGAACCUGUCGGACAACGCGCUGUCCGGCGAGAUCCCGGAGUCGCUGUGCAAGCUGCUUCCAAACUCGCUGGACUUCUCCAACAACAACCUGUCGGGGCCGGUGCCGCUGCAGCUCAUCAAGGAAGGCCUGCUGGAGAGCGUGGCGGGGAACCCGGGACUGUGCGUGGCGUUCCGGCUGAACCUGACGGACCCGGCGCUGCCGCUGUGCCCGCUUCCGAGCUUGCGGCGCGGGCUGGCCGGGGACCUGUGGGUGGUGGGCGUGUGCGCGCUGGUGUGCGCGCUGGCGAUGCUGGCGCUGGCGCGGCGGUGGGUGCUGCGGGCGCGGCGGCUCGCGGAGCAGGACGGGGCGCUGGCGUCGUCGCCGGGGUCGAGCUCGUCGUACGACGUGACGAGCUUCCACAAGCUGACCUUUGACCAGUACGAGAUCCUGGAGGCGCUGAUCGACACGAACAUCGUGGGCCACGGCGGCUCCGGGACCGUGUACAAGAUUGAGCUCAGCAGCGGCGAGCUGGUGGCGGUGAAGAAGCUGUGGGUGUCGACGCGGCGGCUGCGGCGGCCGAGCAGCAAGCAGUACGCCUACUCGUCCAAGGCGACGACCAAGUGCGACGUGUACAGCUUCGGCGUGGUGCUCAUGGAGCUGGCCACGGGGAGGAAACCCAUCGAGCCGGAGUUCGGGGACACGAGGGACAUCGUGCACUGGGUGUCCGGCAAGGUGGCCGCCGGCGCCGGAGCCGAGGCGGACGCGCUGGACAAGCGCCUCGCGUGGAGCCCCUACAAGGAGGAGAUGGUGCAGGCGCUGCGCGUCGCCUUGCGAUGCACCUGCAGCAUGCCGGCACUCCGCCCCACCAUGGCCGACGUCGUGCAGAUGCUCGCCGAGGCCGGGCCACCCGCCGGCCGGACGACAAAGGGACACCAAGGACGACAAACAUCAUCAUCAUGCUACUCCUCCUUAGAAGUGAAUUGA